AUGAUGCGUGUGCGCGCGCUGUUGUGCUGCAUGCGCCAGAAACAAAAAAUUGUCUUUGCGUUAUUACUAUGUUUAAUUUCACUAUUAUUACUAAUAUUAAUAGUUGAUAUAACCAGAAUCAACGGGUAUACCCCUGUGGAUAAUAUCCGGACACACCUGAAGACUGUGUUUGGUCCCAAACUGGUUCAACAUGUUGAUAUACCAAUAAAAACGAGAAUAGAUGAAGAAACAUUCUAUGAAAACUUAUCUAAAGAGCAGGUAAACCUAGCAGGGUAUUUCUGGUAUGACCAAGUUCAAAAACAAGGUAAGACCUUGCGGUACAACGAAACCUGUGCCCAGAUACCUGAAUUAAUCGACCUGAAGUUUGUUAAUGUUGACUGGCAGUUGUUAACACUCCCAGAUGCAAGUUUUCAGUUAUAUUCUGCAUAUUUAGACAACAGGGAUGCAAACCAACUUGGGUCUGUCAUUAGAAUACUUGGUAUGGUCUCAGUUGAUACUCAAAUCAAUGAUAAACUAUUGUUUCCUGAUGUUUACUGUCAAAUAUGGUCCAAACACUCACAACAACCCAUUAUGACUAAAGUAUUCGCUGUGGAUUACCUCUGGAGGGACUAUUGGGGUAAACCACAGAAAUCUACCUACCAUCCUUACAUGUUGACAUGUGUCUUACCAGAAAACUAUCAAUAUAUCCCUGAAGCAGUGUCUUUGGUUGGUAAACCCUGUGCUAAAGCAACUAAUCUACUAAAAGUCACUUAUGAACAUGAUGAGAACAUACCAGAAGGUACACCUGAUGCUAAAAUAUGUGUUUGUGUCAAGGGUGUGUCUGAAUUUGAAGAUAAGUCUCUGCAGAUGAUAGAAUGGGCAGAAUGGUUGAAACAAAUGGGUGUGCAACAUGUUUACAUGACGGUGUACCAUCUGCAUGAGUCUACUCAAAAAGUAUUAGAUUACUACACCCAGAAAGGGUUCAUAACUCAAGCUAAGUUACACCUGGCAGGGAAUGAUCCUAAUUCGCCUCACCUUCAACAUAUUUUCCAUCAAUCACCACGAUAUAACAUACAAUUUGAUUUGAUAGCGUUCAAUGAUUGUCUUUUACGGAAUAUGUAUCGAUAUGAAUAUGUCAUACCUGUGGAACUUGAUGAAAUACCAAUGGUUAAAGAUACCAGUAAAUCUACUCUUCAGGAGGUACUUAAAGACAUGCCCAAGGAUAAAGAUGCUUAUGUAUUGCAAAGAGUACCUUUUAUUCAGGAAAUCAGCUCAACUGGGGAUGAAAAUUUGUUUGGUUUGCCUGGUUUUCUGACGUUUUUAAAUAGUGUAUAUCGUGUUAAACCUGAAAAAGAUCAAACUGUUAGUAUAAAAUGUUUAUUUAAUACUCAAACAAUGGUUAUGAUACAUAAUCACUAUCCGUUUAUGAGUCUAUCCGGUAAGAUUGUGUCCCAUGAUGUACCGUUAUCAAUUGCCAACGUGGAACAACACUUAGAUAAAUGCCCAGAUGAUAAGAUCGAUUGUAGAAAAAGGAAAAUAUUUGAAGCGAGAAAAUGGGACUUUAAGGAUGAAAUUAUACUCAAAGUUGGACGAGUUAUGAAUGAUUUAGGGUAUUUCUAAUGUGUUAAUUUGCUUUUUUCACUAAAAUUAUAAAAGUAUACGUCAUUAAAUGUUAAUUAUUAUUAAAUAAAUAUAGUAAUAAAGUUAUAUAAACAUAAA